AUGGAACCCAAAAAAUCAAAAACUUUAAAGUCAACUCGACCAAUUUCUGCAGGCAAAAACACGAUGGAAGUUAUUGCUCCUCGUCAAUCCACCACUGAGUCUCAGCGUUCUCGUAAAACUCCUACUCGUAAACUUGAAAGAGUUUCCUCACUCCAUCUGCUUUAAAUUGGAAUAAAAUUCUGUUCCAAUUUAAAUGAGCCUAAAAAAAUUUAUAAAAAUUUUUAAAAUUUAAGUCAAUCCCUGUUCCUGAUUGCCUCAACUUGGACCAAGAGCUCUGAUUAACUGUAGAUGAGACAAUUCUAUCCGUCGACCUGUUUCUGUGUCAAGUCUCUUGGACAUCUCUUCCGUGCCAGCCUCAGUGCAGAAUACUUCUCUUCAAGAUGAGACUCUCAAGCAGUCGAGAACUUCUCUCACUGAGCUCGGUUGCAGGACCGUAGUUCUAACCUUAAUUGCCAUUUUAAAUUUUGCCUUUAAAAUUAAAAAAAGUGUAAAUUGAAGGCGAUAUUUUGAGUUUUAUAAAGAAUUAUUUAAAUAAUUAAUUUAUUGAGUGUAUAAAUGAUUUAAAAUAGCAUUCUUAAAUAGAUCAAAACUAUUUUUGUGAAUAAUCAUAUUUUCACAUAUAAAAUUUUCAUUUAAAAAAAAUAAAAAUCUUUCUCAAAUCUAAAGAGAGUUUAAUUUACACCAAAAAAUUCAAAGCAUAUCAAUAUUUUUAAAUUUAAAGUAGGGAGAGUCAGGAUCUACCUCUCCCAGUACCUCCUUGACUGACUUUUCUUCAAUUCGUCCCUCCACUCUUGACUCCACAGAAAGAUCCCGUCUCGAACUCUUAGCCACAAACCCUCUAAAAUCUUCUACAAGCAUCAAAGAACUUUCCCAAAGAUCCCAAGAGCUUCAAGAAAUGCUGCGAGAAAAAGAGGAGCAAAUGAAACAAAUCCAAUCAAUUGUGAGCCAAAUGCAAGAAAAAUCUGAAUUAUUUGAGGAAGAAGAAAGCUAUGAACAAGUAAUGGACGCGUGAAGAGACAUAAAUGAUGAAGGAAGAGAAAAAGCAAGGCAAAAAAGAAUCAAAGAGAUCGAAGAUUUCACAGAAAGCUUGAAAAAUCAGAGAGAUGAGGAGGGUAAUAAAAUUGUGGAAUUUCCAGAAGAUUACGAAGAAAUCCUACAAACAGCGACAGACCAUGCAGUGCUCGCAAAAGAGGCAAAUCAAGAAGAAGAAAAUGUGAAUUGGAUACAGGUGUACCAAGCAAAGCAUGCAAAGGAGAAAGAAGACACUAAAUAUAGGCAAAAGAUGGAAAGAAUUAAACAAUUGGACUUGGUAAUUGCUGAGAAAGAAAAGCAAUUAAGAGAUAUCAGAAGCAGGGACUCGGAAAGUGAUAGAAGAAGUGUUGAUAGUAAGUUAAGUUAAAGGUUAUUUCGACAUAAGUAAGUAAAUCCGCUAUCUGUCAUCCACAUUAGCUCCAAAAUGUCGCCCCUUUUGGAUUUCUAACCUGAGUCCGCUAUCAAUAGACUAGCUCCAUAUACUAGGCACCAUCUGUAGAAUCCCCGAUGGUUUCAAUUAGAGAAGACCGUGUGGGAGGCAAUACCUGUCUAGCCCAUAGUAGGGACAGGAAACCUUUGGGGAAAAGCAAAGAUUUCCCCCCUUGCAAGGUAUCCCUAAGCCUAAAGGCACACUUCAAAAAGGACAGAGACCCUGCUUCAGCCUCAUCAGGAUGGGUCCGGCCGCUCCAUAAGGAGUGCACCUCUGAGUCCAAUUUCUCUCAACGUCAUCAUUUAUUUUUCUUUGUUGGUAGUAAGGAAUCUGUUUUCAUUACUCGUCCAGGUGCAAAAAGUCAAGCUCAUUCUGUUUCUUCUAUUAGCACUCGAGCUCAACCGAAGGAUAAGAUUCUCAAAAAUAUAGAAGCAGCUUCCAAUUAUAAAGGGCAUUAUUCUUUAAUCGAUAGGCUCGGAAAUAGCGACAAAACCAAGCUAGAUCGGCUAUUACAAGAAGCAGAUUCGAAAGCAAUACAAGAAUAUACAGGCAUUAUAUCAAACGAUACCUCUAAAAGAUUAGAAGAAAUUGAUGCCGCCCUCAGGAACAUGGUCCCCCAAAGUGAUUGGGAAUCCAGAUCAAUUUCUAAUGGAGCCUCCUCUUCUGAAAUAAGCUCCAAGAAAUCUUCAACUGCUUCUAAAAAAUCCAAAGCAAAGCCAGCAGAGCCAGCAAUUUUAGAAGAACAAGAAAGAAGAAAUGACUACCAAAGGAUAAAAGAAAUCAAUAAAUCUUUGGCUGAACUAAAUAUGAGACCUCAAAGAGCUUUGACUGAAGAAGAGCUCCAGAGUUUAGUUCUUGAUGCUACAUUAUCCAUUGAAAGCAGCAAUAGAGAAAUCCAAAAAGCAAUUUUAUAUGAUAACUCCUCAAUGAUGGAUGAAGCUAAAGAAAUAAUCAAAAAAUUAGAAAAUUUGGAAAGCCUUGAUGUUGGACAACUAAAUAAUCUUCUUGGCGAUGCUGAAAAUGCAGUAGAAAAGUAUGAAAAAGCAGUUGAAUUACAAGAAAAGGUGAUUGAAAAUGAACCCCAAUUUGUGAAGGCUAGACAAACACUGGAACAGUUUAUGAAAGAAUGUGAUGAAAAAAAGGUUGAGCUUGAAGAUGCAUUAGAAAAAUUAAAUAAAAUGGAUAGUCAGAUACAGAAAGAGCUCAGGGCGUGCCAAGAUAGCGAAGAACUUGAAAAACUGGCUGAAAAUGAGAAAAUAUAUAUUCCUGAAGAUAAGCAGUUGUCAGUUGAAGAAAUAGACCAAGAAAUUGAAGCAAAGGUUAUGAACAAUUAUAACCAGCCGCAAUCAAGUUUUAGUGAUCUGGCUGAUAUUAAUCCAGAAAAUUAUCCAACUUUAUAUUAUAUGUAUGAAAGAGUUCUUCAAGAGCCAGAUGGCGAUAAGCUUAUAAAUCAAGUGACAAAUAAUGAUGAAUUUCGUAAUAAUGAAGAGAAGAAUGAUGAAGAAUAA